CAGCGGCGGGCUGGAAGGGGGUCCAACCCGCUAGUGUGGGGCCGCCGUUGCUUGUGAUCUGGCCGUAUCGCCGCCGCGCUCGUCUGUGCCGUUGCCGCCGCCGCUAACUGCCUCGCGUUGUCGUCACCACAGCCACCAAUAACACCAACCACCACCACCACCACCGCUACUACCAUCCUUUGCGCUCUUUCAUCAUGUGGAAAGAGAGGGACCGCCUCCAUGACGACCUUUACUCUUAAAAAAAGAAAAAAAGAAAAAAAAGCAGAAGAGGAAGAAGAAAAAAUAAUGAAAGGCAAUCCAGUUUCCUUCCCCUAAGUUUAAGUCUGUUUGAACUUACGCUGCUUCCAUUUACUUGACGGACCAAUGUGACACUGGAAGAUCUCUGGAAACGGCUGGAAAAUUAUUGGGACUUUUUUUUUCGUUUCUCUGUGGUUUCAUUCUCGCUUCACGCUCCUCCUCCUCCUCCUCCUCCUCCUCGCCGUUAGGUUCAGAUUUCAUAAAGGUAAUUAGCAGAGGACUCCUCCCACGGGUAAUUAACAUAUCAAACAAAGACGUCUAAGAAUAAAAAAAAAGAAAAGAAAAAUGAUUGUCCUGCAGUUCAAAAGCACCGGCACAACUAAAUGAAAAGGAAGAAUCUUUCCUCCAGGCAAUUGAGGCCUCCCUUGAGACCACCGAAACCAGGAGAAAGGGGGGAGGAAAAGAGAAGGAAAAGAGGAAAGCGGAGGAAAGUGAGAGAGUGUGUGUAGCAGCAGCAGUGAAGUUCAGUCGGGAAAAAGACAGAGCACUGAGAAGGCGGCGCCGAAUGUGAAGCAGAAACGGGAAAGAAAUACACGGUUUCAAAUCACUUCUGAAAAUCCCCCACCACCCCACCCCACCCCGUAAUACCAAGACACCCCCUCCCCCAUUCUCACUUUGGCGCACCUAGCACUCGUUCCGGUAUGUGCCCCCUCAGGCUUACGGUUCGGUAUGCAUCGGCAGAGGAAGUCAAUAGAAUAUAUAAUGUAAUACUAUGUCCUCCUCAACAACUUCGAUGUGACAUUUGCGUGUAGUGUCUUUGCAACUCACACAGCUUCGUAUUUAUACUAUGUUCAGCGCACAAAUGAUGUCUAGGUGUAUAGUUAUUCCGCGUCUGUGUUUACUAAGCAAGUGGAAGCCUUUAACGAGUAGCAGCAGUGUGAUAUAAAUGAACGAACUUGUGUUGUCUGUCGUGUUUCAGGUUCUCUUAGCAGAGAUUUUCUGCCACCAAGAAAAUUGCCCCGCAACAACAGUCAAGUUCCGCGUGUUUUUGUAGCUGUCUUUUCCUUGAUGUCAGCACGGCAAGAUAAAAGAAGACAGAAGGAAAGAAAAAAUUAGACAUUAGAAAAAAAAAAACCCGCGUGUUCUAAAGAUUCCUGUGGAAAACUUCUGUGAGUUUCAUUCAUUUAGAUACGUAAAACUAAGACUUAAGAAAAUUCCGGACGCAAAAUCGUAGUCGAAACCGAGUGGAAGGAAGACAGAUAAGACCCAUCAACCUUCAGCCGGGAGAAAGUGUUAUAUCUAAAGUUUCCCAGAAAGAUUGUCUAUUUUUCGAAAAGUAUUUUGGAAGAUUUAUUCUUUACCCCUGUUCUAUUCUCUAUCUCUCUCUCUUUCUCUCGCUCUUUCUCUCUAUUCUUCGCUCGAUUCCUCCAUUACCUCUCUGAUAUCUUGUCCUAUCCUUUAUAACCUUCUCACCCUCCCGGAGGGCACAAACUUUUUACCUUAAAGGCCAUUUGCUGACAGCCGUAGGGCAAAAGCCUAGCUCCUUAUGAAGUUUCAGGACCUUUGCUCAAGAAAUUAUUGUUAUUUGCUCAGAGAGUUUUUAAGUUUCGGGACCAUUUGGGGUUUGGUUGGCGGAAGGACCCAGGGAGGAAAAUAGGAUGUCAUUUCCGUCACUGACCUGAGAAGAAUCUGAUUUCAGUGGGAAACAAGAAAUUUGCAAGCCACGCCAAAAGACUCGAGAAUAAUUUAGUGAUGAAAGUCAUUAGUGUGUCUCGAAAGCUAGGAAGUUCUGAAAUGUAACUUUUAUGAAAACAAGAGACAAAACAAAACAGCGUAUCGAGCCACCGCCUCCCGGAUCAACAACCAAAGAGCGGAUGGUAUAAGGACGCUAACCCUUUAACGUUACCUUUCAAGGAUCACUUACCAUGAGCCAUAACUAACUCUGUAUCUGAGCUGAGACAGAGAAGAGAAUGUAAUCCACAGAUAAGUCACAUCCUGAUUGCAAUAGAACGAAUUAAACACGAGACUUUUCUUCGUCUCUCUUUCCCUUCCAUUCCGUGGGUGGCACAAAAUUUGACCUGAGCCCUCAGCCUCCCCGAAGGAAAUCCAUCACAUCCAUCUAGCGCCCGUCCCAAAAAGGACUCUGCCCCAAAAUUGUCCUCCUUUCCGAGGCAAUAUGACGGGGUGGGGAAGAGGAGUGGAUUGAAGCACUUUGUGGGCGUGAGUAGGAAUUCCUGGGGCGUGGUUCGAAAGCCACUAGUGCCAUGGGGAUGGGCGUGAUAGGCAAGGGCGGCUCCUGGCUACCCUGCCUAGCACUCCUCCUCGUCGUCAUUUAUCCAACCAUUACUCACGCCCGAAGCAAAAAGGUCGAUGUCUACGUGGCUGGAUUUUUCCCGGUGGGGAAGGGCCCCAGGUCAUCGCUGGGACGAGGGGUGAUGCCAGCACUCAAAUUGGCCAUUAAACAUGUAAAUGAUCACCCAACGGUUCUUCGGAACUACAAGCUUCAUGUGGUCUGGAAUGAUACUCAGUGCAACACGGCAGUGGGUACCAAGUCCUUCUUCGAUAUGAUGGACCGCCUUCCCAGGAAGGUUAUGCUUUUCGGCGCUGCCUGCACUCACGUCACCGACCCCAUUGCUAAGGCUGCAAAGCACUGGCACAUCGUGCAGUUAUCGUACGCCGACACCCAUCCGAUGUUCUCAGCCAGCAAAUACCCGAAUUUCUUUCGGAUGGCCCCAUCGGAUAAAGAUUUCAAUAUGCCGCGUAUCCACUUGUUACAGAAGUUCAACUGGACCAGAGUGGGAACACUCUUCCAAAACGAGCCUCGUCAUGCCUUGGCCCACAACCAUUUGGCUUCAUUAUUGGACCUCUACAAAUUCGAGAUGGCCGAGACACAAAGUUUCACGGACGAAUUCAAGGACCAAAUGAAAAAACUUCUAGAUAAGGACGUUCGGAUAAUCUUAGGCUAUUUCGACGAGAUGUGGGCGCGGAGAAUAUUUUGCGAAGCUUUUAGAAAAGGCAUGUACGGCGCCAACUACCAGUGGAUUAUAUCAGGAAUGUACCGGGAGGAAUGGUGGACCCUGAGAGGCAACGGCGACGACGACGACGAAGUCGAUGACGUCAUCGACAUGAAAGACGAGCCAGAGGAGUCCGGCGGAGGCGGCUGCGCCGUCGAGGACAUCAUGGUUGCCCUCGAGGGAUGCAUCAUGACGGACCUUCUGCCACUCGCCACCUCCCCGACCAAAACUGUCUCUGGAAAGAACAUCAGCGAAUACAGAAAGUCCUACAACCAGAAACGCCAGGAAGAGUACUCGAGAUUCCACGGCUUCACCUACGACGGAGUCUGGGCCAUGGCCUUGGCCAUCCAGGCCGUCGGACAUAAACUCCACCUUCAGAAUCGAUUAAAUGGGACCAAUACAAGUGUUGUUGAUUUUAUGUAUCGCAGCGCAGAGUGGGAGGAACGCUUUACGUCAGCCCUUUCUGAGGUCAAGUUUGAUGGAGUUACGGGACCCGUCCAAUUCACCAUGGAUAACGCUAGAAAAGGGUUCAUUCUACUAAAGCAAUUUCAAGGCGGCAGAGAGGUGAAAAUAGGCGAAUUCGACGGCAUAGAGGACGUGUUGCUACUAGACAGAGGCCAUCCUAUCUACUGGCGGGGCGACCCUCCCUUGGACCGGACGGUCAAGUCUAUAGAGAAGACCAGCGUCAACAUCAGCAUCUACGCUAUUUUGGUCACCAUCGCAUCUUUAGGCAUUGUGAUGGCGUCCAUAUUCCUUGCCAUCAACAUCAAAUACCGGCAUCAAAGGUACAUCAAGAUGUCGUCGCCAUACCUCAACAACCUGAUUAUCGUGGGCUGCAUCCUGACCUACACGUCAGUGAUCCUGCUGGGCCUUGACUCGGAGCUCACGAGCGAAGCGACCUUCCCUUACAUCUGCACGGCGAGGGCGUGGGUCCUCAUGUGGGGCUUCAGUCUGGCGUUCGGGUCCAUGUUUUCGAAGACCUGGCGCGUCCAUUCGAUUUUCACCGACGUCCAACUCAACAAAAAAGUCAUCAAGGAUUCGCAACUGUUUUUAGUUGUGUUUGUUCUGCUGUGUGUGGACGUCGCCAUAAUGACAACCUGGCAAAUAGUCGACCCGUUCUACCGGGAGACGAAACUUCUCACAGCUUAUAUGCGUGACGACAUCUUGGUCAUUCCCGAAAAUGAGUACUGCAAGAGUUCAAAAAUUUCCGUGUUCAUAGGCUGUAUAUACGCCUAUAAGGGCCUUCUCAUGGUCUUCGGCUGCUUCCUAGCCUGGGAAACCAGGCACGUUAGUAUCCCGGCUCUCAACGACUCCAAAUACAUCGGCUUCAGCGUGUACAAUGUGGUUAUCAUGUGCGUCAUCAGCGCUCCGAUAUCCUACGUCCUCAGCGAUAAACAGGAUGUCUGCUACCUCAUCAUUUCGAUUUUCAUCAUCUUCUGCACCACUGGGACGCUGUGCCUCGUUUUUGUGCCCAAGAUCAUUGAGCUUCGACGAAAUCCUCAGGGUACGAUGGAGAGACCGAAGAUACGGCCUUCCAUGAAGCCCACGAAAAGUGCCGACAGUGAUUCUGACGUAUCCGACCUCCACGAGCAAAUCAAAAAAGCGGAGAGUGACAGACAAGUCUUCAUUCGCACGCUCAGAGAGAGGGAACAAGAGUUACAAAUGCUGAUAGAGCAGUUAGGAGACGAAGCGCUGGCGGAAGUGGAGGGCCACGACUCACGAGUCGGCAGGAGACCAUCGAAACCUAGAUCCAUAGAGAGAAUCAGGAUAGAAGGUGGGCCAAGGACCGGUCCUUCCGUGACGGAGACGACGGAAGCCACCGAGUUGACGUCGCUCUGCUCGGGCACAUCCCAAGAUGCAGAGUACGUACCAGGCCGAAUGCGCGUACCGUGUGUGUCUUCCUCCCUCUCCACCACCACUACUACCACUUCUACCACCACCACUCACCACCACCACCACCUCCACUACCACCAUCUGCCCGCUUCCGGUGUGGCGACGGCUACACUCUCACUAGACCGGUCAGCGCGGCGUGGGGUGACCUUCGCUUCGCCGCUGCAAACGCCCCGAGAGGCCAGCAAGAGUGUCUCCUUCAGGUUAGAAGGCGGAGGGGCCGGAGGGGGAGGUAUAGUAACGUCAACGGCACCUGUUGUGCCUGGAGGAGGGGGAGGAGGAUUGAUAGGACACACUGCUACAGUGGAAACCGUACCUCAGUCACAUAUGAAUACUCAACCACCGCUACCACAGCCGGAGCCAAUGCCGGAGAAAGAAAACGUCCCUUUCACCGGCUACGGCGGCGUUUACGUUCACGACUACGGCGGCACUAUGAUGCAGAAAGAGCAGAACUUGAUGCAGCAGCGACGAGCCAGCAGGACCAGCCUGCAGGGGAUGCGUCGUUACAGCCGGGACGAGAUCGAUGUGGGUCCUCCGCUAGAGGACGCCCCUCCGCCUCCGAAUAUGACGGAGUACAUGGUCAUGCCGCCCGGGGAGCCGCCGGACUAUCGAGUGAGUGCUAAAUCCUCGAGUGUGAGUGGUGGCGAAGUGUGUCCCUACAGAAGGACCAGUCUGAGACACACCGGGAGCGAAAAGUACAGCCAAGUGCCUCGAAAUCUGUACACCCCGCUGAACAAUGAGGAGAGUGGGGAAAAGAUACCUUUAUUAAUAGGGAAAAGAAACAGUGAUAUAAAGAUAAUUAACAACAAAGCUAACUAUCAGACACUCAGUGAAAAGAACAGCAAUGCGCUGGCCAAUAUCUCGGCGGGUUAUAACAUAUCAGGUGAAGCUCCUCCUCCUGCCGGGUUCCAGCUGCUGCAACAGCAUCAUCCUCCCCACCACCAGCAACAGGCCGCCUACACUGCUGCCCUCAGGAGAGCCAGCGAGCCUCCCAAACCUCCCGGACGAGGAUCCUUCCACGCCCACAACAGAUCCUGCGACAACCUUGCCUGUACGUGCUGUGAUGGUCUGCCGCCCGCCCAGGACAUACUUCAGGAUCCCCUCUCUUGUACCUCCGACGCGGCCACCGACAGCGACGUGGACGCCCGCGACCUGAGCAUCGGCGGUCGCGGCCGGUGGGAUUCAGGUGACGAGAGAGAGGGCACGAGAACGAUAUCGAGGGCUCGACUGCGUCGGGACAGUUUCGGGGAAGUGGUUUCGAGGCGAUCGCCUAGCCAAGAAAGUCUGGAGCACGUCCGGGUGUCGUCUCCUAUCAUCCACUUGGACGACCCGACGCCUCCCCCUCCCUCAACUCAUGACCUGCUGGAGGGUCGGUUAUCCCCUGGUCAGGAUAGUUACCCCUACACUCACCUAUCCAGACGAUCGGGUAGCCAGGAUAGUCUUGACCAACAUGAGUCUUCAAGAGGUCGAGUCGCUAGUCAAGAGAGCCUGGGGACCAUGAGCAGCCGAGGUAGUGUCUCUGGCAGCAUCUACAGCGUAACGUCUGCCAGAAGUGAUGCUGCUGUCUCGAGAUGCUCCAGCAAGGAAACUGUGAGGAACCACGCUCCGUUGAUACAGCAGAACCGCUCCUCAGGGCACCACCACUCCUACCACAUGAACGGUGAGAUGAUGAGUGAGACCACUGCUUCCUCUGACGACCUUACUCACCCUCAGAACACCUUGGUGUAUAGAGAGCAAACGAGCCUCCACCGCACCAUUAGCGAACCUUACUAUAACUUCGACGACGACGAAUCCGAGAGUGCUGGGCAACAGCACCUGCAGAUGCUGCAGCAACACGUGCAGCAGCAACAACAGCUUCUGCAGCAGCAACAACAGCAAUUUAGGGGCGGAAGGGCGCGGCUUCCGCCAGUGCGGACGCCAUCCUAUGACAAUUCCUACGACACCUCCUCCCUGGGAGAAUUCAGUACCCAGUCUCUCAGAGGCCGGUCCCAUUCCAUUGGGCGUCCCUCUCGAGGGGCCACUACGACGUCCGUAGCUGCCGCCAUCGCCGCAGCGCGCAAGAACGCUUCAGACAACGCGCUGGACCACGACACUUCCAUACUGCCUAUCUUCCAGAAACUCCUGCGAGAGAGACACCAAGGUUAUCACGGAGGCCGAGACUUUACCAUGUCUUCGUGUCCGAAUAUUACUAUAAAAUGCGAUAUAGUGGAAUACCUAUGAUCCGCUCAGUGGACUCUUUAAGCCUUUGUGAAAGGAGUAACUUCACUGGAUUGGAACCGAUUGCCGUUUUCUUUAAAUCUGUUGUCUGUGUUUUUAUUGAUAGUUUCUUUUCCAAUGACGUCAGAAAGAAGAAAAGUUCCUCUACUUCCAUCUACCGGUUAUGUUGUCGAAAUACCUCCCCAUGAAUGGCGUCUAUGCGAAUCUUGCUAUGUUCACUAACGGUUUCUAAUAUUUUUACUGAUUUUGUUUCUUUUCGUCUUUGACAUUUUCAACGGACUCUGUGCAUUUACAUUAAUUUUAAGGAUCGUUACCCACAUCUCCAGGACGUGCACUCCUCAAAAUUAUUUUUCUUCGCUUUUCUUUCAUGAUAAGGAAAGAAAAAUCUAUAGACAUAUUUUUCAUCAUGUGAAAGUAUAGACUGUUAACAAACAUAAUCUAAAAUUUUCAUUACAGCUGGAUUUCGAAAAAAAAAUAUGUGUAUAUGUACUAUACAAGUAUCAUUCGUGUAUGGAUCCCCCGUCACACCUAAUAUUAAACGGUAUGCUUUACAAGCAGUUGUUGUGUAAGAAACCAGAAGACAUUAUUUUCAUUUCGAGUGUAUCUUUAUACAAAGCAACUCUAGCAAUGACUAACGAUAAUCUCUCUCAUAUUUCUGUUCACGUCAUCAACAUCUCCUGCUGACAUGAUUUUCUCUCCUCUAUUCGCCGAGAUCAUUCCGAUGUUAAUUUCUCACCUGGUCUCAUCCAUUUCAUACAUUCUACCUUCUCCCAACCCCCUACCCCUCAUGGCCAUUAACUACCCCUCCGCCCAUGCAUCACAACCACCCCUCCCCCCCAACCUCCCAUGCUUCACCUGUGAAGUCCCUCUGCAGCUCAUCCAUUAGACUUCUUUCAUGCAUAUAGCCCCCAUCUCAUGGUAUUCAUCUACUCAAAAUGGAUGCUGGUGUCAUGAGCAUCAUACCAGCCUCCCUCUCCCCCCUCUCAUCGUCAAAGAGGAAAGAAGUCGGUAUGGGUCAGUUUUAUACUCGAUAAUCAUCAGUUCUCAUCAUAUUCAUCGGCAUCAUCACGUUCACCUUUUGCCCAUCAUCAUAAGAAUCGUACAUCAAUCAUACAUUACCGCUUUUCAUUCAUCCUCGAAAUGUUAACGUUGUUAUGUCAUCUUAAGUAAUUCGCCGAUUUAUUUUCCACAUUUGAGAAUAUACAUUAUAUAUAUAUAUAUAUAUAUAUAUAUAUAUAUAUAUAUAUAUAUAUAUAUAUAUAUAUAUACACACACAUGCGCCCUCAUUUCUAUAACAUCUUUUAUAUUCGUUUAUAUCAAUCAUAACAUAUAUCACCUAACUUAUUCUCGUUUUUUCAUUUCUGUUCGAUCUCUUACAGUUUUUAAUAUGAAUCGAAGAGGGCAAAAAGUUAUUAUUAUUAUUAUUAUUAUUAUUAUCAUUAUUAUUAUUAUUAAUAUUAUUAUUGUUGUUGUUGUUGUUGUUGUUGUAGUUGUUGUUAGUGUUGAUGUUGUUACCGAGGGGCGCUUUCACCACUGGUUUAAUUUUCUCCAUUUUAUUUUCUUUCUCGAAAAAAAGGUAAUUUUAUCAUAUUAUGACAAUUUGUAAUAAUUACAUUCUUCUAUCGUUAUCGUAUAUAGUUCUAGUGCUUUUUCCUCCAUUUCUUUUUUUUUUUUUUUUUUUUUAGUUUUUACGGCGAGAUUGUUUGCUUGUUCUUUUAUUCUUAUGCUCGUAUUCUUAAAAUCAUAGUUUUCCUUUGGCUUCUGUUCUUAAAAGCAUAGUUUCCUCUAUGCAUUAAUACUUGAAAUCAUUGUUUCCUGUCAGCUUUUAUUCCUUUUAUUCAGUAAAUCAUACUUUCCUUUGUGCUUCUAUUCUUAAAACCAUAGCUUUCCUUGCUCUUUUAAUCUUAAAAUCAUUGAAGCAUUCAGUCAUAAAGUACCAUAGGAGGAGGGGAAACAAUUCUGUAGAUGAGAAAAGCAGCAUUUCCCUUCAAUUCCGUGCGAAUUCAUCGUCGUUUCAUAUGCUUUGCUUUUUCUUUAAAAAAAAACAAAGCGACUUGUUCACAAAUUCAUCAGAUCCCUACCACAAAAAAUCUCGGCUUAUUCUUUCAGUGUCCCAUCAGUUAAGAUACUACGUGACUUUUGUUGAUGAUUAACUAAAGAUCACCUGUUCUCUCUCUCUCUCUCUCUCUCUCUCUCUCUCUCUCUCUCUCUCUCUCUCUGGUUUCGGCACACCGUCAUCUUUGUAUUGAAUACAUCGCCAUAUUUUACAAUGGGCGCUCGUGAUUUGAUAAAUUUUCUAGUAGCAUUAGCAAUACGACGUUUUUCCGGUGAUCCUAAUAUGUGCAUGUGUACCGUUCUUAAAUGUCUGUUUAAAAUCAUGAUAAUUAAAAAAUAUAACUAUGGAAAGUAGAAGGGGGAAAAAUGAUAACAAAAUAAAAACUAGAAAUUCAUGGUUGGAUAGAUUUGUCCAUGAGCUUUAGUAAACGUUUACCAUUCAGAGUUGUAAGAAAAACAUAUGUAAAUGCUUUUGGAAACUGGAAAACGAUAGUAAGGUUGUAUUCCACCAUUUUGCAAAGAGUGCAACAAUACCAAAAGAGUAAUUUAGAUUAUGAACGUGGAGCGAUAGUGAGCACAUCUCUGUACCGUAGUUUUCUCUCUCUCUUUUUUUCUGUAAAUAAAGGUAUCUAUCAUAGUUAUCUGUAGUAGAAGAAUUCUAUACUAUUAGACGAGACAUGAAAUAGAUAUUUUCAUACAACGCGCUCACUCAAAGUCCUAACAAUAAAGAUAUUGAAAAUAAUAAUGAUAUUAUUGAUAAUAAUAGUAAUAACCCUAUUAAUUAUACCGAUAACGAAGAGAAUAAAUCAAUAGGUAAAUAAACAAUUAAUAAUGAUAAUAUUAAUAAUAAUAAUAAUAAUAAUAAUAAUAAUAAUAAUAAUAAUAAUAAUAAUAAUAAUAAUAAUAAUAAUAAUAAUAAUAAAUAUAAUAAUAAUAAUAAUAAUCUUUCAUGUUUUCGAUAGUACCAACGUUGGCUAUUUUUCGAUACUUGUGAUAAUUUUGGUGCUUGGAUAGCCACCGUAAACUUGUUGUCUUACAUAUGAGACCCAUUGUUAGUCCCACCAAUCAAAACAAAAACAAAAAAACAAAAAAGGAAAAAAAAAAGAAACUCUCUUUUGGUCAGUAUUUCACCGUGAGAUUUUUUGUGACCCUUUUUUCGAAAACCGACACAAAUUGAUGCUUCGACGACAUGCUAGGAGGUCAUCUAGUCACUCCAGUUCUUUUUUUCUUAGUUGGGACCUCUUUAUUGCCUACAUUUUAUCCCUCUCUCUCUC